AUGGAGGACUCUCGGAAACAAUUCGUUGAGUGGUGGCUUACGACAGGAUAUGGUAAGCAACAGGAGGGAGGCAAUAUCCAUUGGGAUGGCAAGAAGACAUCAGAUAUCUGGCAAAACUUUGAGCAAGUAGCACAUGAACGAACAGGGCAAGUUAAGGUUAUGUGUACUAAGUGCAGCUCAAAAGAGGAUCAACUUGCCGAGACAUUCAAGCCACCAAAUGAGACCUAG